GAUACUUUGGAUGAAAAGGAGAACUUUUGCACGGUCGGGAUCUGUGUGUUGUUGAAUUGUUAAGGACAUUGUUCCUGAAAUAUCUCGUUCUUUACCCUUUGGCGGGCAAGAUAACGGACCAAUAUCGAUUUCUGAAGUACAGCGAAUUUCUUUCUGAGAGAGAUGAGCUUUUUGUUUGGAAGUCGGUCGUCGAAGACGUUCAAGCCGAAAAAGAACAUUCCUGAGGGCUCGCAUCAAUACGAGCUCCUGAAGCACGCAGAGGCCACGCUGGGCAGCGGAAACCUGCGCAUGGCUGUCAUGCUGCCCGAUGGAGAAGAUCUUAAUGAAUGGGUGGCUGUCAACACUGUGGACUUCUUCAACCAGAUCAACAUGCUGUAUGGGACCAUCACAGACUUCUGCACUGAGGAAAGCUGUCCACUGAUGUCUGCUGGACCCAAGUAUGAAUAUCACUGGGCAGAUGGAACCAACAUUAAAAAGCCAAUAAAAUGUUCCGCUCCGAAGUACAUCGAUUACCUGAUGACUUGGGUCCAGGAUCAGCUUGACGAUGAGACGCUUUUCCCUUCAAAAAUAGGGGUUCCUUUCCCAAAGAACUUCAUGUCGGUAGCCAAGACAAUUCUGAAGAGACUUUUCCGUGUUUACGCUCACAUCUAUCACCAGCACUUUGAUUCAGUAAUCCAGCUGCAGGAGGAGGCGCAUCUCAACACCUCUUUCAAGCACUUUAUCUUCUUUGUUCAGGAGUUUAAUUUGAUUGACAGGAAGGAACUUGCACCCCUUCAGGAGCUGAUUGAGAAGCUCACUUCCAAGGACAGAUAAAUCCGCUCCUCUAUCAGCACAUCAUUUCCAGUUUCUGUAUACAGACAGCCUGGCUUUGUUCUCCGUGUGUUUGACAGGUGUGUGGGAAUGUUUCCUCAGAGAUGGAAAUCGGCUGUUUCCAAAAACGUAGCCCUCGAUAAGCCACAACCCAACCAUAGGUCAAGGUCGUAGUGGAAUAAUACUAAAGUCUUGUUGACGUGAUCUUAAACACUAUUUAAGUGCCUGAUAUGUCCACUUUCAAAUGUUAGCAUUUGGUACAUAAAACACAAUUGUUGCUCUAAAACUUCUUUAACAUUAUGCUUUCGGCUUUUACAGGAGUAUAUUCGUAUUGAUGAUAUUUAGUGUUAAUUUAGAUUUUUUUCUCUUAAUUGAUUUAUUUCGAUGUAUAUGGAUAACAUAUUGAAUGAAGCACAUACAGAGUUAAAGAUGAAAUGUUUUUUAAACAACUUCCUUUGUCUCGUGAUGUUUGGAAAUUCGGUUGUCGUUUUCCUUUGUACUGCUUUGUUUGCAUCCGAUUUUAUCCAGCCUUCAUUGAAUGUCCUCUUGCUGUUGUGACAUGUUUCACUGGCAACUAAAGAAAUGUACCCUGGGGCUCUGGGCCUACAGUUGAAACAACAUGAAAACACUUUUAUUCCACUGUUACUUCUAUUAUUGAGCCACACUCCCAGUGUUUAGAAGUUUGUCUAAUGGAAACUGGGAUAAAAUGAGCUGACUAUGCAAAAUUGGCAUGUCCCUUUAUUUAUUUUGAUUGCUUUGAUAGCCUGUAACCAGGCUUUACAUUCUUUCAGCAGUGUUUAUGGAUGUCAUUAGCUAAACCAUCAAACAUCAUUGUGUAAACUAACAUCAACCCUAAUGGCAAUGAUGCAUUUCUCCUGCCUUUAAUCCAACCGUUUUGUGACCCAAAUAUUUCAAGGACCAUAAUAAAUGUCAUUUAAAACACAAGAUAAGGAGGUGAAUUCAAACUGACAUCGAAGUUUGAAGUCUGAAAGAAAUGUGAUCCACAAUAUAAACAUUGCAUCUUUCUGGUAUUUAUUUUGGUAGUUUUACCCCAUAAAUGUUAAUUUAUCUAAAUGUUUCAGAAGAUUAUUGUUAUUUUUAAUUUAUGGCUAAAAUGUUUCAAAGCUACUACCAACACUUCGUUUUAAAAACAAUACAAGAUUAACUAUAGACAAAUGUACUAAACAUUUUUUGAAGGCAAGUUGUAAAUAAUGUAAAGAGAAAAAUUAUGCCGUUGGAAUAACAUGAAUGCUGAACAUGCUGACUUUUUGUGGUACAAUGCUGAAUACUGUUUAUAGGAUAAUAAACCUUGUUAGACACAAUGUGACUUUAUAUAGUUUUUUCUCCUACAGUACAAGAUCUUAAUGAGCAGAUUUUGAAACGUAGUUGCUUGUUAUUUAAUAAAUUAAAAAGAUAUUUCUAAUUUAAA